UUUCACACAGAAAUAACAGAAAGUUUCCGACUCCAUAAAGAGGAACACAUUCUUCGGCCAAAAGAAAGUUAUCCGGGGACGGUGAUGUCAACGUCGGGGCCGACACUCCGCGUCACUGACAGCUUUCCUGGCCAUGACAACCUGCCAUAGCUAUGUUGUAGCUUCUGUAUUAUAAUGGGGUUUUUAUCUCAUAUCAGACAGUGUGGUGUAAAGAUAAGAGAGGCAUCCGUGGAAGUUUCGCUUUUUCUCUGUGCCGCUGUAGCAUGCGGCGAGGUCCGCUCGAAGGCUUUUGUCGGCUCUGAUUGAGAGAAUGCACUGAUUGACCUAAAUGCACGUCAAGUCUUCAGCAGGAAAAAAGCUCUUCAAAGACCAUGGUUAACAAAGAAGAAUUAGAAGAAAGGUUGAAGAAACUUUUGGUGAGGCUGAAAACUCCCCAAGAGGACAGACAACUGAGUACACUGAUUCAAAUAAUUCAGGAUCUGCUUUUCCUGGCGCACACAGACUAUGCAGCUGAUCUGUUUGAAGACAAAGAUGUCCAUGCCCCCCUCAUGGUGGUGCUGUCAUCUUACAUCAGCAGCAGAGGAGUCCAGCAGGUGGGCUGGUCAUUGCUUUGUCAGCUUAUUGAAAUAUGUCCCCGUACACUGGAGCAGCUAACCAAACCUCUGAAGGCCGCCAGGGAGUGGGAGGUACUGGGAGUGCACCAGCAGAUCCUAAAGGUACUAUCUCAGUACAGCACGGACUGUCGAGUGACCAUGGUUGGACUUCGAGCAUUGGCUCUACUGCUCAGAUCAGACAUAAUUCCUCUGUUGGUGCUGGAGGAGGAAGAGGAUGUGUUUUUUCUGGUGGUGCAGGCGAUGAAGACCUUUCCUACCAGUGAGGAGGUGCAGCUUCAAGGCUGUGGAGCUCUGCAGCUGCUGCUGGACAGAGUAAGUGAUGACCAUGUUGUAGAGUUUGUGGAGAACCAGGACCAUGUCGUGGUUCUUUCGGCUCUGCAGAGGUUCUCAGACAGUCCAGAACUGCUCCUGCAGGCUAUGAAAGCGCUACUUCCUCUGGCCCAAACCACCAGUAACGUGGAGGUGUUGAUGUCAGGAGGUACUCGCUGUUACAGCCUGGUCAUUGCUGCCAUGGACGCCUUCCCUGAAGUGGAGGAACUGCAGGAGAUGGCCUGCUGCCUGUUCAGGAGGUUAACAUCAGAGAGUUACUACAACAUCCUGGUGCUAAAUGGCUUCCAGAGGGUCGCAGUGAGAGCCUGUCAGACUUUUCCCGACAACGCCACCCUGCAAGCUGCCGCCCUGUCCUGCCUGGCUGACCUCACUUCAACCAUUGUGCAGAAUAAAGCGGUGGCCGAGCAGGGUUUGGAGGAAGGAGAGGAAGAAGAGAACAGAGGCAAGGAGGAGGUGAAGGACAUGAGCCUGGGUUGGAUGGAGGACUGCUGCACAGCGCUGGAGCUCCACGCCGCUGAACCAACUGUUCAGGAAGCUGCAUGCUGGGCCAUUCAUAAUUUACUACUGCACGGAGUUCAAGUGGACCAUUCAGACGAGGAGCAGGAUGAGAGGACUCCGGUUCACAGACAGUUAAUGGCAGCCAUGUUGCUCCACUCCUCCUCUCCCAGUGUGUUUAUAGCUGCUACCACUGCCAUCGCCACACUCAUCAUGAAAAACAGUCAUAUGAGCUCUUUGUUGCUGUCCAGUGGCCUUCAUGUUAACUUGGUGGAGAUGAUGAAGAGACAUUUAACCUCAGCAGAAGUGUCCAUCAGUGCCUGCAAGCUGUUAAAGCUUCUCUUCCAGGGGAGAACUGCCAGUCUGGAUGAGUUGAGCAUGGCUAUGAAUCAGAUUCUCAGCUCCAUGAAGGUCCACAACUUCCAGCCAAAGGUUCAACUGGAAGCUUUGCAGGCCAGCUUGGUUUUCCUUUGCCCAGACAGGAGUUUAAGGGAGCACGGCAUCUCGGUGGGAGAUCCCGACAUGGCCGACGUGUCGCUGAAAGUGCUGAAAAACCAGUGCGUGGUGGAGGGCGCUCACACGCUCUACCUAGAGGUUCUCAACAGGUUCAUCAGCAGCUCAGCCAUACAGAGGUGUGGUUUGAAGGUGCUGUCUUCUCUGGCUGACUGCUCUGGUGCAGUGGACCUUCUAUGCCAGCAGGGGGCGAUAGACACAGUUCUGCAUACACUACAAAUGUUCCCACAGGAACGAGAAAUACACUACUGGGGUCUGACCCUGCUCAACUACCUCGUGUCCAGAAAGAAGCUGUCAAGGAUGAUCGUACCUGUCCUGGCCUCCGUUGUGGUUGCCUCUCUUAUUCAGUACAGAGAAGACUCCGAGAUGCUGCUGAAGUGCUUUCAGGUGGCAUUGAGGAUGUUGGACGCCUGCUCAGGAGCAGCUGCUGAACUGCAGAGAGAAAACUUUGACAGGCACAUCUUCCAACAUCUCAGAGAGGAAACCGACCACAGCUUCAGCCCGCUGCGGAAGUCGGUGUGCCUGGCUCUGUCCAAAAUGUGGUACGACUCGGAGCUACACUACAAGAUGCUGGAAAAAGCCUGCAUGGACGGAGAUACGAUGAUGGUGGAGUGUCUGAUCGAAAUGGGUGCUGAUAUCAACAGGAAGACAAAAAACGAGUCUCUUAUUUACCAGGUGUGUGAGAAAGGUGGGCCUCUGGAGCUGGUGGAGCUCCUGCUCAGCCGAGGUGCCCAUGAUCAGCAUGUCCGCAGGGCUCUGGCUGUGAGUGUGAAGAGAGGUGACGGGCCCACCGUCAUCCAGCUGCUGGGCCGUCUCGGUUUAGACCUGAAUAACAGCGCUCUGUGCCUGGGCGGCUUCAGGCUGGGUCGGCUGGACGCCGCCUGGCUGAGUCCUCUGCUGACCGAAAAGGGCAGAAGUUAUAGCCUACGUUACAACAGUAAAGGUAUGAGUUUGGCGAGGUACAUUCAGUCUUUCCAGAGGUCUAAGAGCACUGGCGGUUUUUCCAGACCGAUGUCUGACCAGUGUCUGACCUCCGGCUACAUUUCUGACGAGAGUGAUGACUCCAGCUUCAGUGUCGUCUCCAUGGAAGACAGCUUGUUUAUCAACGAAGACAUGGAGAGUGACGGAAGUGAUUCAGUGUCAGGUCCUCUGUCUCUAAAGCCAUGUAACAAUUCAGCUGAAGAGCUGAGGGGGGAAUCUUUGAAGAGGAAGCAGGGACGACGCAGACAUGCCAGUGCAGAGAGUGGACACACUGAAAAUGAAAACGGUGAACCUGUACAAAGAAGAUUUGGAAGGACUGGUUCGGGACAAAAAUUGCUGGGAUCUGGUGAUAACUCCGCCGCCCUGCCUAAAGAAAGGGAAAGAAUUCACCUGCUGGACCUGUCAGGGAAUGAGUUGGACUCUGUGUCCUGUCUCAUGGACGACAUCUUUGACCAGCAGCAGCUGUGGCACCUCCACCGCCUGGACCUGAGUCACAACAGUCUAUUGGAGUUUCCCUCUACAGUCUGCCAGAGUUUGAAUAGUCUGACUCGACUGGACCUGCAGGGGAACCAGCUUCAGUCGCUGCCAGAGGAACUGCUGUCUCUGCCUUCACUGAACACGCUGAACGUCUCUCGUAACUGUGUCGGCCCCGUAUUGAACUUUGACCCCUCUGUCACCUGCCCGUCUCUGAGGCAGCUCAACCUUUCAUUCAACAAAAUCACAUUCCCUCCGGAGCUGGGUCGCAUCACGGAGCAGCUGGAGGAGCUGUCUCUAGAAGGUAACAGUAUUAGUGAGCUGUGCACACCUCUGUGCCUGCCAGAGAUCAAGCUGCUGGAUGUGAGCAAGAACAGCGUGGAGAAUAUUUCUCCUGACUUCCUGACCGGCUGCCCCAAAUUGGAAACUUUUAAUGCAUCUGCAAACAAAAUCUGUUCUCUGCCACAGCUGCCAGCCAAGAUCACAACACUGAAACUUGCCAACAACAGCUUCUCUGACAUUCCUGAGGCUAUUCUUGAGCUCCCAAACUUGCGGUCAGUAGACAUGAGGACCAAUAACAUUGCUGUUCUGCCUGGUCCAGGAUUCUGGGCAUCCUGCAACAUCCGGGAGAUGAUGUUCAGUCAGAAUUGCAUCAAAGCUCUGGAUCUGAGCGGACCAAUCUACAGAUGGACCAGACUGGAGAAACUCCACCUGAGUGACAACAAGCUGACUGAGAUCCCUCCACAGAUCGGCUUGUUGGAAGGCUUGACCUCGCUAGAUGUGAGUCGCAACACAAGCCUGCGGUCCUUCCCGGAUGAAAUGGGAAAACUGGGCAGACUGUGGGACCUGCCACUGGACGGUCUUCGGCUGCAGCUGGACUUCAAAAUCAUCGGCAGCAAGACAAAAGACAUAGUCAGGUUCCUGCAGCAGCGGCUGAAGAAGGCGGUGCCGUAUUACCGCAUGAAGCUCAUUGUGGUGGGGAAUGCCGGCAGUGGGAAAACCACCCUGAUCCAGCAGCUGAUGAAGAAGAAGCGCUGCCUUCUGAGCUCAAAGCAGAGCGCUGUUGGUAUUGAUGUCCUGGACUGGACCAUCAGGGAACGAGACAAGAAGAAAAUGGUGCUGAACAUCUGGGACUUUUCAGGUGGAGAGGAGUUCAGUGGCUCUCACCCUCACUUCCUGACAUCCAGAGCUCUCUACUUGGUUGUUUACAAUCUCAGCAAAGGAGCCAGUCAGGUGGAUGCUCUCAAACCCUGGCUCUUCAACAUCAAAGCGGUAGCUCCACUAUCUCCAGUCAUCCUGGUGGGAACCCACACAGAUGUAAGCGAGGAAAAUCAGCUCCAGGCCUGCCUGAGCAAAAUCAGAGAGGAGCUUCUGACCCAUCAGGGCUUCCCUGCCAUCAGGGAUUAUCACAUGGUUUCUCUCUGUGAAGACUCAGACUCUGUUGCUAAACUCCGUAAGGCCAUCACCUCAGAGGUCACUGGCUUCAAGAUUCAGGGUCAGCCUGUGAUGGGUCAGCUGGUGCCGGACAGCUACGUGGAGCUUGAGCGCAGGAUUCUCCAGGAGAGGAGCAGGGUCCCCCCCGAGUUCCCUGUCCUCAGGCAGCAUGAGCUGCUGCAGCUCAUCCAGGAGAGUCAGCUGCAGCUGGAAGAAGCUGAGCUGUCCCACGCCAUCCACUUCCUCAGCGAAGUUGGGAUUCUAUUGCACUUCGACGACCCUGCACUGCAGCUUCAAGAGCUCUAUUUUAUCCACCCACAGUGGCUGUGCAGCAUCCUCUCUCAGAAUCUGACAUUAAAAAGCUGCAACUUUUGGGAGAACCCCAAAGGAGUCAUUCAGCGUUCGGUCGUGGAGAAGUUCCUGUUUGAAACCAAGUGUUUCCCAAAGAGCCACCUGCUCCAGUUCUUCAAACUUUUGGAGAAGUUUCAGAUUGCUCUUCCCUUUGGUGAGGACCAGCUGCUGGUGCCCAGCAGCUUAUCCAAACACAGACCAGUAAUAGAGCUGCCUCACUGUGAGAACUCAGAGGUGAUCGUGCGUCUGUAUGAGAUGCCGUAUUUCCCCAUGGAUUACUGGUCUCGGCAGAUCAGCCGCCUACUUGAGGUCUCCUCCUACCUGCUUUGUGGGAGAGAAAAAGUGCUUCGACCCAACCGAAUCUACUGGAGGAGAGGCAUUUACCUGAACUGGUCCCCAGAAGCAUACUGUCUGGUGGAGGCUGCUUCAGAUCAGGAAAAUCCCUCCAGCUUUGUCAGAAUAACUGUACCCUCUUCACAAAAAGGCCGGGUGUUACUAGGUCAGGUGGUGGACCAAAUUGACUCUUUGUUGGAAGAAUGGUUCCCUGGUCUGCUCAACACUGACAUGCACGGCAAUGGAGAAGCUCUGCUAAAGAAAUGGGCUCUGUACAGCUUUGAGGAUGGGCAGGAGUGGAGAAAAAUUCUGCUGGAAGACCUUUUUAAAUAUUCUGAAAAUGAUUUCAUACUGAGGAACCCAGAGGAUCCACGCUGCUCCCUCCCCAUCUCUCAGAUCGCACCUGACUUGGUCCUGAGUGACCAGCCUGCAGGAACAAUCCUGGAUAGUGAGGAGCUGAGUGUUGACAUGUGUAAAGAGAAUCGACUGGGAGAUGGUGGGUUUGGAACAGUUUAUAGAGGGAUCUAUAAAAACGAAGAAGUUGCUGUGAAGAUAUUCAACAAACAUGCAUCGGAGCUUUAUAUUUAUAGACUUCUCAGACAGGAAUUGGCAGUGUUGGGCCGUCUGCGUCACCCCAGCUUGGUAGGCCUGCUGGCAGCCGGCUCAGCUCCACAGGUCCUGGUGAUGGAGCUGGCUCUGCGAGGCUCCCUAGAUUCCCUCUUCGAGCACGAGAACGGUAGUCUCAACCAAAAGCUACAGCACAGGAUCGCCCUCCAUGUGGCAGAUGGUCUCAGGUACCUUCACUCCGCCAUGAUCAUCUACCGAGAUCUGAAGCCCCACAACGUCCUCCUGUUCAACCUGAAGACCAACUCUGAAAUCAUCGCCAAGAUCACAGACUACGGCAUUGCUCAGUACUGCUGCAGCAUGGGAGUGAGGAGCUCAGAGGGCACACCAGGUUUCCGGGCUCCAGAGGUCGCUCGAGGUAACGUGAUCUACAACCAGCAGGCUGAUGUGUUCUCUUUCGGCCUCCUGCUCUACGACCUGUUGACGUGUGGCGAGCGCAUUUUCGAUGGCAUGAAGUUCCCCAGUGAGUUUGAUGAAAUCGCAGUGCAGGGAAAACUGCCAGAUCCUGUAAAACACUAUGGCUGCUCACCAUGGCCGGGUUUUCAGGCACUUAUGAAGGACUGUCUGAGGGAACACCCACAGGAUCGACCCACUUCUGCUCAGGUGUUUGACAGGUUGAAUUCAGGUGAGAUGCUGUGUCUUAUGAGGCAGCUUGCGAUUCCUCGGGUUUUCAGUGCGGAGUGCAUCGCAGUGAGCUCCGUUAGUAGUGAUGGCCCAGCAUCCAGCCACAUAGCCUGGCUCGGUGGAGGCAGCAGCAGCCAGAGGCAGGGCUUUGUCACCACUGUGGACCUGGACACCAACAUGGUCACCACGCAGGAUGUCCACACCAGCCCCGUCCUGUGCCUUGUGACGGCUCAGAUCCCAGACGAGGCCUGCGAUUGGCUGGUAGCAGGCACACAAUCUGGCUCCUUAAUGGUCAUCAGCACGCAGGACACGUCCACUUGGCACUACCUGCAGAGCGUCACCGAUGCCGUCACCUCACUUUACUUCCACACUCACCCUCGUCGCAUCCAAAGAAAGAAUUACCUGCUGGUAGGGACAGCAGAUGGAGUCCUCAGUGUUUAUGAGGACUCUGUACUCAUGCAGGAGAAUGGCCAGCCAGUUAAAACUGUCACUGUGGGCAACGUCAACACUCCAGUCAUGUGUUUGGGCCAGUCUACACACUCCCUGGAUAGCAGGUCUGUGUGGGCCGGCUGUGGAACCAAGAUCCUCUCCUUCUCUGUGGAUUACGAUGUCUGCAAGUCCAUUGACACCAGACCAAACCUGAUCAUCCUGCAGCAGCGUUCACCACCUAGUGAGGCAUGUGUAUCUCGUAUGGCUGUGGAUAAAUACGUGUACCUGAGCAAAGCUGGAACACCAAACGUUGAAGUUUGGGACAAGAGGAGCGAGAGGAUGGUGGACUGCAUCGACUGUUCUCAGAUCAUUCGACAUGAGUCCGUCUGUAGAGGAAGGCAAGCCAGCAGAGGCAAUCCAUCCUCAGAGGCCACGCCCUCCUGGGCCACAGUGAAGGCCCUGCUGGUGCAGAGCGCUGCAGCUCUCUGGAUCGGCACCAGAGGGGGCCACCUGCUGCUGCUGGAGCUCUCCAAACACCAGACGCUACAGGUCAUGGCGCCUGGCUGUGAUUCUGUUCGCUCCAUGGCCUCUGCACUCAUUCAAAAUUUAAACUGGAAGAAUGUGGUGCUGGUUUUGGGUCGGAGACUCCCACAGGACAAGACUGAUGAGGAGUCUGUGCUGAUGGUGUGGAACAGCAUGUUGCCGAUGGAGGUCAAAGACCUGAAAAAGCACUGUGAGAAAAGAGAACGGAUCUCCACGAAAAUGAGAGAGCAGCUCCUUCACGCCUGAGCCGCAGAAAAAUCAGCCAAAAGGGAUCGAGUUUCCAGAGCACCCACGUUGCUCAUCAGUCAUACUGAAGGGCACCUCAGCUUCUGACAACCAUAAGCACUAGUCAGUCCUCUGACCCUGUAAGACACAGAACUAAUGACGGGGACAGAGCAAAGCGAAUCAGAUUUUUAAAAGAAAUAAUUUUCUUCUAAAAUUAACCAUGUUUUAUCAUUUUUAUGAUAAUCCUUUAAUUUGUCACAUGUGAUUUAAAGGGACACAAAUUAUCUAAAUUAGUGUUUUCAGGGCAGAGAGCAGUGUAGGUGGCUACAAGCUGCUCCUAAUCAAUAGAAAUUUUUGUUUACCUGUAUCUUUAAAAAAAAACAAAAAAACAACAGGAAUUAGAGCCAAAAGGAAAAAAGCCACUCAAAGUGUGAAUUGGAUUAUUUAUUUUAAUGUAUGUGUUUGUGUGCAUAGCAGUGAGCUCAAUCACUCCACAUCAGCAAGGACACCUGACUUGUGAUGCUGCAUGCUUUCUACGUGUUUUUUUUUUAUACACCAUUAUCUGUGAUAUUAAACUGAAUAAGUGAAUAAAAGCUAUUUCAUGUA